AUGUCGGAUCAAAUGGAUAUUGAUGAUCGUUCGAGGGGUCGUGAAAGAUCUCCUAGGAGAGAAGAUGCUCGUGAUAGGUCGAGGUCGCCAGGUCAAAGGGGAGGAUACUAUGGAAGACCUAGACGUGGUGGAUAUAGAUUCAGAGAAGGUGGCAGACCAAGGGGACCACCACGUGAACACGUGUACGAGAAUUCGGUGUUUGUUGGGAAUCUUCCAUACAGAACCUCGUGGCAGGACCUUAAGGAUUGCUUCCGGGAUGUUGGAGAAGUGCUUCAUGCCGAUAUCAUGAGCUUCCACGGUACUUCGAAGGGUAUGGGAACUGUUGAGUUUGCGUCGAGGGAACUUGCCCAGAAGGCAAUUCGCAUGUUCGAUCGUACAGACUUUAUGGGACGUGAGAUAUUUGUCAGAGAGGACCAACCUCCUCCAACUGAGAGAGGUGAGGGAAGAGCAAGAGGCAGAGGUGGACGUGGUUUCGACCGUUUUGAGAGACGGCCACUGCCUGCUGUUGAUGGAUUCGAGGUGUAUGUUGGAAAUCUUCCAUUUACGACGAACAACGAGGAGUUCCAAGACAUUUUCAAGAAUACCGGUGACGUUAAGAGUGCUGAAGUGAGGAUGGGCAGAAACGGAAGGUCCAGAGGCUUCGGUAUCAUCAUAUAUGGCAACGAGGAGGAUGCCAAGAAGACGAUCGAGGCCUUCGAUGGUCAGGUUGUCGAUGGCAGAACAAUACAGGUUCGUUCUGGCAGAUCUUCAAGAGGUGCUCCAGGUGCAGAUGCCGGUGCAAGAAGAGAUGCAGAGCCAUCCAAGAACACCGACUUUGUUCGCGGUGUUUCUGGAGAUGGUGCUCCAGGUGCAACUCUUUUCGUUUCCAACCUUCCUUGGGAAACCACGCAGUCUGACCUGUACGAUCUCUUUGGCAGUAUUGCCACUGUCGUCAAGGCCGAGAUACAGUACGAUGACCGUAACAGACCUUCUGGUAACGCAGUUGUUGAGCUUGGCGAUGAGGAAGGUGCUGCAAAUGCUCUUGCCCAGCUUGAUGGAUACGAGUAUGGUAACAGAGACCUCCAUAUCUCCUAUGCGAAAAGAUUGCAGCCUCAGCUAGGUGCUCCAGCUGCAGCUGCGGCUCCAGUUGAUGCCCCAGCACCAGUUGAAGCUUCAAUUUCAGCUCCAAUCUCGGCUCCAGUUUCAGAAGCUACCCAGGAUGUGGAAAUGCACGAUGAACCAGCUCCAGCAGCUCCAGAAUCUGUGGCAGAUGCCUCUGUUGCACAGCCUGCCGUUGCUCAGCCCCAAGCGGCUGAGCCUGAAGAGCAUAUCGAGGAGUAG